ACAGUCUCACUCCCUGUCUCGAUGUUGAUCCUGGGCAGGUUGAGAUGGUACUCGAGGAAACCGUGCGAUACGACACCGGAAGCAAGCUGUCCAAUAUCGAGUGGCUAUCGACAAGAGCUCCGUGGGGCCAUGCAGGCUAUGUCAGAAUCGGGGAAGACCAUCGCGCCUAUGGUAUCGCCAUGGUACACCAGCUGCAUUGUGUCGAGAUGCUCGCACGGGCACUAUUCGACCCUGACGACCCGAACGCCAGUCCACCGCACAUCGCACACUGCUUGCAGUACUUGAAGCAGCUGUUCCUGUGCAACGCAGAUACGACCCUGGAGCCGUACGAUUUCAUGUCACGCAAUUUCACGUCUCAUACUGUCGGUAUGAGCCGAAACUGUCGUGACUGGACUGCCGUAUACGUAGCCGCGGAUGAGAACUACUCGCGUUGGACCGCGCUGGUGGAGUCUUCUGAAGACCGCCUGCGUCCGACGUGACGAGAUGAACCAUCUUUCCAUGUAGGUUUUC